AUAUACAGUUCUUGGAAAGACCUACCAACGUUUCCACGGUAACCGGAUCACAUUUCAUCCUGAGAUGCACGGCCACCCGAAACGCGUAUCCAACUUGGACAAAGGACAACCGUUUUGUUUCAACUUCCAACGCUUACACAGAGGGUAGAAUGUUUUUACUACAAAGUAACCAUUUAUUAGUGGUCAACGCAGAUAUGACAGAUAGUGGCAUCUAUACAUGUCGGUUAAGUGAUGGGUUUAGUCUGAUCGAAGCACGUGCCUGGGUUGAUGUAACGGAGUCGGACGUUCCCAGUGAAAGCAGUGGCUACGGUGAAUGUGGUAUUGCACGCGCAAGAGGUAGGAAUAGUUGGUGGACGAGCAACAAAAAGAGGAGAAUGGCCGUGGAUGGCGAUGUUGUUUGACACAACUAGAAACAAACACUUCUGUGGCGGCGCCCUUCUUAAUCGAAAAUGGGUUAUAACAGCGGCACACUGCAUCGCUCUCACAUACGUCACUGAAACAACGCUACAGGUGCAUCUUGGGAAAUACAACGCGGACGAGGUUGAAGAAGAACAGAGAGUGUAUGAGGUGGAUGAAAUAAUAUUGCAUCCUGAAUAUGAUCUUGGUUCAUAUGAUGCAGACAUCGCCCUCAUUCGACUGAAGUCAGCGUGUGGCUUACACAGACUACGUCAUACCAGAAGCUUCCCUUCAAGUUCACCAUUUGGUUUAUAUAUACUAGUACUAGUAUCAUAUUCGUUACAGAGUGGAGAUCGUUGGUAUUUAUUAGGACUAGUUAGCUGGGGUGUUGGAUGUGCUCGGCCGGACCUACCAGGGGUCUACACUACUAUACAUAGAUUUCAUGAUUGGGUUACAGCUACAGCAUCAGACGGAGAGGAGAGUUGUAUUAACACUGAAGAGAAUUAUCUCGAAGAAAUAAGAUUAAAAGAACUUGAAAUUGAAGAAUUAGAAAGUGCACUAGCUGAAAUGAGUGGCGAAAUUGGCCAAAUACGACAGGAAUUGUACACGUGUCGAGCUGGACGUAGUGGCGGUGAAAAUCCCAGACCCACUCCUGAACCUGUUGAACAAGAGGAGCGAAUAUCCUGUUCUCAUGGUUACUGUCCUGGUGCCUCUACAACUAAAGCAGUCUGUAUUAACGGAUACUGUCAGUGUCUCUCAGCUAGUUAUCAUACGUACACAUGCUUACCACUGGUGGGUGGAUGUACCAUUAAGAAAAACUCCGAUAUAUCUGCAGCAUCAGCAACAUUAUCUGGUAAUGAAAGAGAAACAUACAGUUGUUUAAAUCUUGAUAAUGAAAAUUAUGAAGUUCAUGCCAUUGGUGUGUAUGAAGCUUUGAUUUCCUAUUACAUCUCUGACACUACAUUGCGCUCAGAAGGUGGUGUCAUACGAAGUACUGAAAAACUGUCAUAUAGUAAUGAAACGCCUUAUGGUUACGGUACUGACACAGGAGGUGGAAAUACUGUCAAUCUAUUGAUGUACAUUAACAACAGAUUUGGACCAGUGACGUCAUUUACUGGCACUUACAAAGCUAAUGAAUGGAGUCUGUCCGUUGGCCAAUUGCCACCAGGUGUUCGGUCCGCGCCAGUGUCAGUUGACAAAAAUCAAUGGACCUUAUAUGCAUUUGAAUAUGACGAUAGAUGGACUGAUUGUCAUGGUGACCAAUAUGUACGAAUGACGUCUUACGAUAUCGGUAGAUAUGUUGGAGUGGUUCUGUGUACUUCCGAUAAAUAUAAAAUCCUUUUAGCUGACGACUUAGAAGAAGAAUUCCUGAAUAUCGGUGAUAUAAGUGGAACUGGUAAAGAUCACUGUGAAUUUGUUGGUGGUAAUGACGACAUUGUUGCUAAUGUAUUCACCGGUAACAUAUUUCAGGCUCCCUUGACGCCUGGUUUCUAUCGUAGUGAACGAGGAGAAACGCCAACGUACGGAUUUAUUGGCGGGGGUGUUGCUACUACUUGGACUGGCAGGCAUUCUGCAAGAGCCUAUGAAUGCGGAGUAUCUAUACCAUGACGAAAUUCCAGUUUUUACAGAUGUGAUGUUUUCUAUAUUGAUCACCCAUCACAAUUUGUAGUUGUCAAGGAAACGUGAACAAAAAGCCCAGGACAGAAUGGCGCUGUAAUAAUUAAUCACUUCCUCAGUUAUUAUUUUAAUAAAAAAAUAUUAUUUUUUCGGCACCAAAUACUUUUCUAUUGCAUAUAGAUAAUCAUGUAUGUUUCACAAUUAUCGUAAUAAAUAUUCCGUUACUUAACCA